CGGUGCCAGCGCAUUUCCCGAUCGCCAUGGCCGACUCGCGCUACAACCAACGCGGAGUGUCCGCGGGCAAAGAAGAUGUGCACAAUGCCAUCAAGAACGUGGACAAAGGUCUGUUUCCUCAAGCAUUUUGCAAGAUUGUGCCGGACUACCUCUCUGGAGACGACGAGUAUUGCAUCGUAAUGCAUGCCGAUGGCGCUGGCACAAAGUCGUCCUUGGCGUACAUGUACUGGAAGAAGACGGGUGACUUGAGCGUGUGGAAGGGCAUUGCCCAAGAUGCAUUGAUCAUGAACAUCGACGAUCUUCUGUGCGUUGGCGCGACGGACAAGAUUCUGUUAAGCUCCACGAUCGGCCGGAACAAGCAGUUGGUUCCUGGUGAAGUCAUCUCUGCCAUUAUCAACGGCACGGAGGAGCUCUUGGCGACGUUGCGCAGCCAAGGCAUUGGCAUCCAUUCGACUGGCGGGGAAACGGCCGACGUCGGUGAUCUGGUGCGCACGAUCAUCGUGGAUUCGACCGUCGUCUGCCGCUUGAAGCGCAGUGACGUCAUUUCCAACCACACGAUUCAGGCUGGGGAUGUCAUCGUGGGUCUGGCGUCGUUCGGCCAAGCCACGUACGAAACGGAGUAUAACGGCGGGAUGGGCAGCAACGGGCUCACAUCCGCCCGUCAUGACGUGUUUGCACACACAUUGGCGACCGAAUUCCCCGAAAGCUUUGACCCUAGCGUCCCCGACGCGUUGGUGUACUCUGGCACCAAGACCCUCACGGACAACGUACCUGGCGCGCCGUUGAACGCGGGCAAGUUGGUGCUGUCCCCGACACGUACGUACGCGCCCAUCAUUAAGGCCAUCUUGGACAAAGUGCCUCGGCGAAACAUUCACGGCAUGGUGCAUUGCUCCGGCGGCGCGCAGACGAAGGUGCUCCACUUCAUCCAAGACGUCCACGUCAUCAAGGACAACUUGUUUGAAACACCACCUCUCUUUGCGCUCAUCCAAGCCGAAUCCAAGACGCACUGGAAGGAAAUGUACCAAGUGUUCAACAUGGGCCACCGCAUGGAGCUGUACGUUCCAGCGGAUGUCGCCGCCGACAUCAUCACGAUCUCCAACUCAUUUGGAGUCGACGCCAAGAUCGUCGGUCGAGUGGAAGCCCACACUGGGAAAAAGGUCACGAUCGUGUCGCCCCAUGGCACGUUUGAGUACGAGUAAACCCGAACGAAAAAAGCAGCAAUUUCUGGGUCGGCUUGCUCUCGUUGCGUACACUGGAGCCAGUCAAAUACAUCCUUUCCAGCUAAACGACCACGUCGUGCAGGGAAUCAAUCAGCAAGUAAGCGACGAAAACACAUGGACGCCAU